AUGCUGAGAGUUACAUCGUUGAGGUCUUAUUCUGCUCUUUCCAAACGCACUAACAAGGUCAAAGUUCAACUACUGAAAGAUUUCCCAAAAUUUCAGUUGUAUGAGGGCCAAGUGGCUACUGUGAGCCCAUCGUUAAUGAGAAACUACCUGCAUCGGGGAAAUGGUGCUCGCUACAUUCUGAAAGACGCUGAUAUCGAUACCCAGCUACAAGCCAAGUCUGUUGAGCUAGCUAGCUCAAGAAUAAUGUCUGUCUCCUUAGAGAGUAAAGUUCAGCCAAAUGUUUUGAAAGAGGAAAAUGUGACCGUUGAGGUCGCUAAGUCUGAACCAAAGACGAAGGUUGAGGACGUCAAGAUUUUCAAAAGUGGAGUUACUGUGAAGGAUGUUAAAAUUCCUGGUUUGGUGAUAUGA